UCUCGCGAGACUGAAGACCAGGAAGACGCCUGCAGAGCCCCGCUGCUGGUGCAGCAGUGGCUGAGGCAGCGGGUGCUGCUGCAUCCGGACCUCCUGCCUCAGAGUCUCCUCCUAGUCUCCGGGUGGGGAGGUGGGACGUGGCCAGGCCAAGGUUGUGGUAGUGCGCAGUGCCCGCUGCGGCUUAGAGGGAAUUGAGGCUGAGGCCUGUCAGAGCCAGUCAGGGAGGCGCCCACAGUCCUGACAGGAUAAGAUGGCGGCGAUGGCGCCUGGAGGUGGUGGCAGUGGUGGCGGCGGUGUGAAUCCAUUCCUCAGCGAUUCGGACGAGGACGACGACGAGGUAGCGGCGACCGAGGAGCGGCGGGCAGGACUUCGGCUGGGUUCCGGGAGCGGCCUAGAUCCUGGCUCUGCGGACUCGCUGUCGCCCCAGGAUCCCGUGGCCUUAGGGAGCAGUGCGCGGCCAGGGCUCCCUGGGGAGGUGUCGGCGGCUGCGGUGGCACUGGGGGGCUGUGGGGAGACCCCUGCCCGCUUGUCCAUUGACGCGAUCGCGGCUCAGCUGUUGCGCGAUCAAUACUUGCUGACCGCUCUGGAGCUGCACACCGAGCUGUUAGAGAGUGGCCGCGAACUGCCUCGGCUGCGCGACUACUUCUCCAAUCCGGGCAACUUCGAGAGGCAGAGUGGGACCCCGCCGGGGAUGGGGGCGCCGGGGAUCCCUGGAGCAGCUGGCAUUGGAGGCGCAGGAGGUCGGGAACCGAGUACGACGUCUGGCGGGGGACAGCUCAAUCGAGCUGGGAGCAUCAGUACUCUUGAUUCUUUAGACUUUGCAAGAUACUCAGAUGAUGGGAACAGGGAAACAGAUGAAAGAGUGGCAGUCCUGGAGUUUGAACUACGGAAAGCCAAGGAGACCAUUCAGGCCCUCCGAGCCAACCUGACAAAGGCUGCAGAACAUGAAGUUCCUUUACAGGAACGAAAAAAUUACAAAUCAAGUCCUGAAAUUCAGGAACCAAUCAAACCUCUUGAAAAGAGAGCUCUAAACUUCUUAGUCAAUGAAUUUUUAUUGAAGAAUAACUACAAGCUUACAUCAAUAACCUUUUCAGAUGAAAAUGAUGAUCAGGAUUUUGAACUAUGGGAUGAUGUAGGAUUAAACAUUCCAAAACCUCCAGACUUACUGCAACUCUACCGAGAUUUUGGAAACCAUCAGGUGACGGGGAAAGAUCUUGUGGAUGUGGCCAGUGGUGUAGAAGAAGAUGAAUUAGAGGCUCUUACACCAGUUUUAGGCAACCUUCCUCCAAGCCUUGAAACUCCUCAGACUGUAGAGAACUCCUUGCUAGUACAGAAAUUAGAAGAUAAAAUUAGUUUAUUAAAUAGUGAGAAAUGGUCUUUGAUGGAGCAAAUCAGAAGACUUGAAAGUGAAAUGGACUUCCUCAAAAAUGAACACUUUGCCAUCCCAGUGGUUUGUGACUCUGUUCAGCCUUCUUUGGAUCAUAAAGACUCUGAAGACACUGGACAGAAUCCAGUUAUAAAUAGUUCAGACAAGGAAAAAGACAAGGAUAUCCAUCUCUCAAAAUCAGAUGAAGCGGAUUCCUCUAUUCCUAAGGAGAAUUUCCCAAGUUCUCUCCCCAGGAGGGAAAGAGAAGAAAUGCCCUCUUCUUCUCCAUCAAGUAAAAACACAGUCCAUUUUGAUAAGCCCAAUAGGAAAUUGUCUCCUGCUUUCCACCAAGCUCUACUUUCUUUUUGUCGAAUGUCAGCAGAUAGUCGUUUAGGAUCAGAGGUGUCUCGGAUUGCAGACAGUGAGAAAAGUGUCAUGUUAAUGCUGGGACGCUGCCUGCCACACAUUGUUCCUAAUGUGCUGUUGGCAAAGAGAGAGAGAAUGGUUUUACACCUCUGUCAGGAGUUGAUUCCCCUCAUAUUGUGUACAGCAUGCCUACAUCCUGAGCCUAAAGAAAGAGAUCAGCUUCUCCAUAUACUUUUCAAUUUGAUCAAGAGGCCAGAUGAUGAGCAGAGGCAAAUGAUACUGACAGGUUGUGUGGCGUUUGCACGCCAUGUUGGACCAACACGUGUAGAAGCUGAACUUUUACCGCAGUGCUGGGAACAGAUUAACCACAAAUACCCGGAAAGACGUCUACUUGUAGCAGAAUCCUGUGGAGCAUUGGCACCUCACCUUCCUAAAGAAAUCCGUAGCUCCUUGGUUCUCUCAAUGUUGCAACAAAUGUUAAUGGAAGAUAAGGCAGAUUUAGUAAGAGAAGCUGUGAUCAAAAGCCUUGGCAUCAUUAUGGGAUACAUUGAUGAUCCAGACAAAUACCAACAGGGUUUUGAAUUGCUGCUCUCAGCCUUGGGUGAUCCCUCAGAAAGAGUAGUUAGUGCAACACAUCAAGUAUUUUUACCGGCCUAUGCUGCCUGGACUACAGAACUUGGAAAUUUACAGUCUCAUCUUAUACCUACAUUGCUGAACAAGAUAGAAAAACUUCUCAGGGAAGGAGAGCACGGGCUGGAUGAACAUAAGCUCCACAUGUAUCUUUCCGCUUUGCAGUCCUUGAUCCCCUCUCUCUUUGCGUUAGUGCUGCAGAAUGCGCCUUUCUCCAGCAAAGCCAAGCUUCAUGGUGAAGUGCCACAGAUAGAAGUGACUAGGUUCCCUCGGCCUAUGUCGCCUCUUCAAGAUGUGUCUACUAUAAUUGGAAGUCGUGAGCAAUUGGCAGUGCUCUUACAACUUUAUGAUUACCAGCUGGAACACGAGGGUACAACAGGCUGGGAGACUUUACUGUGGGUUGUCAAUCAAUUGUUGCCACAACUUAUAGAAAUAGUUGGCAAAAUUAAUGUUACUUCAACUGCCUGUGUCCAUGAAUUCUCCAGAUUUUUCUGGCGCCUUUGCCGGACAUUUGGCAAAAUUUUUACAAACACUAAGGUCAAACCUCAGUUCCAGGAGAUUUUAAGACUGUCUGAAGAAAACAUUGAUUCCUCAGCAGGAAAUGGGGUCCUCACGAAAGCUACUGUCCCCAUUUAUGCAACAGGAGUCCUUACGUGUUAUAUUCAGGAAGAAGACCGAAAACUGUUAGUGGGAUUCUUAGAAGAUGUAAUGACCCUGCUUUCAUUAUCGCAUGCUCCUCUUGAUAGCUUGAAGGCUUCUUUUGUGGAACUGGGUGCAAAUCCAGCCUACCACGAGUUAUUAUUAACUGUUUUAUGGUAUGGUGUUGUCCAUACUUCAGCACUUGUGAGAUGUACCGCUGCUAGAAUGUUUGAGCUGUUGGUGAAGGGGGUGAAUGAAACUCUGGUAGCUCAGAGGGUUGUUCCUGCUCUCAUUACUCUCUCCAGUGACCCUGAAAUCUCUGUCCGGAUUGCCACAAUUCCAGCCUUUGGCACUAUUAUGGAAACGGUUAUUCAAAGAGAGUUGCUGGAAAGAGUGAAAAUGCAGUUGGCUUCUUUUCUGGAAGAUCCUCAGUACCAAGACCAGUAUUCUUUGCAUACAGAGAUCAUAAAAACAUUCGGUAGAGUUGGGCCAAAUGCAGAGCCAAGGUUCCGAGAUGAGUUUGUUAUACCACACUUGCAUAAGUUAGCCUUGGUGAACAACUUACAAAUUGUGGAUUCUAAAAGACUGGAUAUUGCCACCCAUCUUUUUGAAGCUUACAGUGCACUUUCCUGUUGUUUCAUUUCAGAGGAUUUAAUGGUUAAUCACUUUUUACCUGGUCUCAGAUGUUUACGGACUGACAUGGAGCAUCUUUCUCCGGAGCACGAGGUUAUUUUAAGUUCCAUGAUAAAGGAAUGUGAACAAAAAGUAGAGAACAAGACCGUCCAAGAGCCUCAAGGACUCAGCUCCAUGAGAGAGAAUGUUGUCUAUCCUUUUCAACCAAUGUGUCUCCAGUAUUUGAAGAAUGCCUGGUGUAUGAUAAGUACUCAACAUUAAUUGAAUGAAUUAAUGAAUAAGAGCUUGAUCCCAAUUCCGUGAAAGUUUGCCAAUUAGAUUAAAAGGAUGAUUUAUGAAUCCCUCAAAACAGCAUGAAUUUACUGAGAAUACAUGCCAGACUAACCUAAAGUCCUUUUUUCAUAGAGCUAUUAUUAUAUGUUGUUGAUCAGGAGAAUUGUGUGAUCUUGUGCAUCUUGCCUUCAGCAAAGUAUUGGGUUUGUUUCUUAUAGUGAGCUUAUUUAUAUCCUAGGUAGAAAAUAUGGAAUAAAUAAAAGUCCCUAAAAGAGUCGUGCCACGUGUGUAUGGCCUUAAAAGGUUUACAGAACUUGUAUUCAUAUCUGACUCUCUGGGCAACCCCUCUUAUCAACAGACCUCAUCAAGUCUUCCAAGUGAUCUGUAAGUGUGGAGAAGCCAUCCCUUUCUAAAGAUUGUAAAGUCAUUCACCAUUCGAUGUACAUUUAUGGAGUACCUAUUUUGUGCUAGGUGUAGGGAUGCAAUGAAUAAUUAUGACUGACCUAGAGCAGAGCUUACAGCCAGGCAGCGAAACAAGUGGAGAGAGAAGGACUGAGGAGGACGUACUUUAGUUAGGUGAUUAUUUUUCUGGUUUACUUUGGAAGACACCUCUGAGCUGACACCUGAAAACUAGGAAGAAUAGGCUUUAACCGUGUGAAAAUAGGAAGAGAAAAAAGAACAGUAUGUGCAUAGGCAAUGAGAUGAAAGAUAGUGCUAUGUUCAAGGAACUGGAAAAAAAAAAUGGCCCAUAUAGCUGAGACACUAUCAAAAGAUGAAAUUGGAGAGGAGUAUGGCCAGAUCAUAUAGGGCUUUGUACACUAGACUAGAAGUUAGAAAGGGAAGCCUUUGAAUAGUUGUAGUGGAAUGAUUUAACCCAAUUUGUGUUAGGUAUACUUCUGCUUUAUAAGAAUGCUUUUGAAAAGGAGAGGAGUAAAGGCUGACAGCAGAAGCUAACAAAUGCAGUAGUCCAAGCAGGAGAUGGGGGCAGCCUGGACAAAAAGGGAGGGAAAGGAGCAGAUCUGCAACAUAAUUGGAAAUAGAAUUGGCAUGACAGAUUGGGUAUGAAGAGUGAGGGAAAGGGAAAAACCAAAGAUGCUUAGACCUCUGCCUGCAAUAACUGAAUAAAAUAAUGGGUGCUGACCAUAGUGAAGAAGUAAAGAAUAAGUUUGGAGAGUUCAUCUACAAUUUUGUUUUAGAUGUCUAAGAGUUAAUCUGUGGAAUUCAAAAUGUCUGAGAGUUAAUCUGUGAAAACUUCAGGGAAGAAGUUAGUUCUCUGAGUCUGGAUCUCGGGCUAGAUUAUGGAGUCCUGAGUAUUUUCUGUAGAGCGAUGGGACUAAAUGAGAUGGCCUGGGACAGAGGAACCAUGGAGAAGAGGAUCCAAAUGUGAAUCCUAGGACACUCCUCCUACUUCAAAAUCCAACAGAGCAAGAGGAACUACUUAAAAGGAUCAGGAGUAUACAGUGAGUUGGAGGGAAACCAGGAGAGUGUGGCUUCAUGGAAGCAAAGAGAAGAGCAUUCUGAGGAGGGUCAGUUGCUACUCCUGCGUCAAGACGAGAAUGGAUCUGAAACCCAUUGAAAGAUGAAAGUCAUCGAUGACCUCAGUAUAGUUUCGGCAGUUGAAUGGAAAUGCAAAGAGAGACAAUGGCUAGAGAUGACAGCUCUUUCAAAACAGUUGGCCAUAAAGGGGAGCAGAGGUGCUGGUAGCUAGAAAGGAACAUGAGGUCAAAGGAGGGUGCUGUUUAGCCUUGGUUUGUCAUGGGAGAAAUUAGGUCAGGUUCAUAUGCUAAUAAGAAUAAGCCAGCAAAACGAAAGAUGAUGAUGAUGCAGCAUCAGUAACAAGCAAAGACUGAGAGUGAAAUCCUUGAAGAGGCAAGAGGGGUUGAGAUUCAGAGCACAAAUGGAGGGACUGGCCUCAUUAUAAUAGGGGAGAAGCAGAGGUGCUCUUGGAGGCGAUUCGGUAGAUUUAGUGGUGGGAAGGUUAGGGGGUUUCCAUUUAAUUCCUUCUAUUUUCUCAGUGAAGUAUGAAGCAAAGAAAUUGAUUUGGCUGGCAUAUGGAAAGUGUUAGAGGUUUGAAGAGAAAGAAGGUAGAAAUGUUUGUCUUCGAGAAUGGCAGAGGGAAUUACUAAGGGAAUUGCAGGAUUUGUUUUGAAAGCCUAUUUGAGAAUAGUUAUUGUGAAUUUAAAGAGGGCUAGUUUACUAGAUACACGUUAACUAAUUGGAAUUUGAAAUAAAGAAUUUAAAUAAAGACAGCUAGUUAACACAAGUGAUUUUUUUUUUUCUCCAGCCAAGAACAACUAUUCAGGAACAGGUAUGAAGUAUACAGAGAAUAAACAGGGCUGAGUUCUAGAUGCUUCAGAGAAGGAGAAAGGACAAGGACAUGAAAGCUACUUGUGUAGGAAUGAUUAUAAUGAUGGGCCAUAGAAUCCAAACUGGAGAGGGGGAAAAAGGAAAUAUUGGAGUGAGGGGGGAAAUAAAUAAUCUGAGAAAUGGGUCCCAAUAAAAUUUUUUAAAUAUGUUUUAGUGAGAAUAUUCAAAUAGGUGAACUGGAUAGAAACUUCCUUUGGGAGUAAAAAAUGAAAAGCAAAUAAGACACCUGAUCUACCUCCAGGCUGUAAGGUACAGGAGUUUGUGAGAACAAAAAUAAAAAGCCUCCCCUAAAAAGGUGGUGUCUUAGGGGUAGCCAGGAUUCAAUUACAGUUGACCCACUUAUACAUGGAUUUUUUUUUAUAGUACAAUACUGUAAAUGUAUUUUUUCUUCCAUAUGAUUUUAACAUUGUCUUUUCUCUAGCUUACUUUAUUGUAAGAAUAUGGUAUGUAAUGCAUAAACAUACAAAAUAUAUAUUAGUCAACUGUUUAUGUUAUCGGUAAGGCUUUCAGUAAAUAGUAGGCUGUUAGUAAAGUUUGGGGAAGUCAAAAGUUAUAUGCAGAUUUUUCACCAUGUGGGAGUCUGUUCAUGAAACAUACUGCUCUGUCGUUUUCUUGUAAUGUCUGUGUCUGGUUUUGGUAUUAGGGUAAUGCUGGCCUCAUUGAAUGAAUUAAGUAUUCCUUCAGUUUCUAUCUCCCAAAAGAGACUGCAGAGAAGUGGUGUAAUAUCUUCCUUUAAUUUUGAUAAGAAUUCAUCAGUAAACACAUCUGGACCUAGUGCUUUCUGUUUUGAAAGAUUCUUAAUAUUUUGAUUCUAUUUCUUUAAUAUAAGCCUAUUGUGAUUGUGAAUUUUGACAAGAUUGUAUCUUUCAAGGAAUUGGUCCAUUUCUUUUUCUUUUUCUUUUUUUUUUUAAAUAAUCUCAAUGUGGGACUCAAACACACCACCCAAGAUCAAGAGUCACAUGCUCUACCAACUGAGCCAGGCAGGCAUCCCAGAAAUGGUCCCUUUCAUCUAAGUUAUCUAAUGUGUGUGCAUAGAGUUGUUCACAGUAUUCCUUUAUUAUUAUCCUUUUAAUGUCCAUGGUAUCUGUAUCUUAAGGUAGAAGCUUAGAUGACUGAUUUUAGAUCUUUCUUCUUUUCUGAAAUAUGUAUUCAAUGCUAUAAAUUUCCCACUAAGUACUGUUUUUGCUGUCUCCCACAAAUUUUAAUAAGUUGUGUUUUCCUUUUCAUUUAGUUUAAAAUAUUUUUUAAUUUCUCUUGAGAUUUCUUCUUUGACCCAUGUGUUAGAUACAAAUUGUUUAAUCUUCAUAUAUUUCGGGGUUUUCCAGCUAUCUUUGUUUUUGAUUUCUAGCUUAAUUCCAUCAUAAUCUGAAAGCAGACAUUUUCUGAUUUCUAUUCUUUUGAAUUUGUUAAGAUGUAUUUUAUGCCCCAGAAUGCAGUCUGUCUUGGUGAAUGUUCCAUGUGAGCUUGUGAAGAAUGUGUUUUCUGCUGUCAUUGGAUGAAGUAGUCUACAGAUGGCAGUUAUAUCCAGUUGAUUCAUGUUGUUGAGUCAACUAUAUCCUUACUGAUUUUAUGUCCAUUUCCGAGAAAGUUGAAGUCUCCACCUGUAAUAGUGGAUUCAUCUAUUUCUCCUUGCAACUAUAUCAGUUUUUGCCUCAUGUAUUUUGACACUCAGUUGUCAGGCAUAUACCAUUUUAGGAUUGUUAUGUCUUCUUGAAGAAUUUACCCCUUUAUCAUUACUAAUGCCCCUCUUUAUCCCUGAUAACUUUCCUUUGUCUAAAGUCUGCUCUGUCUGAAAUUAAUACAGCUACGCUUGCUUUCUUUUUUUUUUUUUUUAAGUGUAUUUAUUUAUUUUGAGAGACAGAGAGGAGAGAAAAUCCUAAGAAGGUUCCACACUAUCAGCGCAGAGCCCGUCGUGGGGCUCGAUCUUACAAAGUGUAAGAUCAUGACGUGAGCCAAAAUCAAGAGUCAGACACUUAACCUACUGACCCAUCCAGGCACCCUGACUCUUGCUUUCUUUUGAUUAGUAUUAUCAUGGUAUGUCUUUCUCCAUCCCAUUCACUUGUAAUCUAUCCGUGUUCUUUUUAUUUAGAGUGGGAUUCUGGCAGAUAACAUACAGUUGGGUCUUGUUUUUUUGAUCUACUUUCACAGUCUCUUUUGACUGGUGCAUUUAGACCAUUGAGGUGCACAGUAUUAAUAUAGUUGGAUUAAUAUCUACAAUAUUUGGUACUGCUUUCUACUUGUUGCUCUUGUUCUUUGUUCGUAUUUUUGUCUUCUGCUCUUUUCCUUUUGUGAUUUUAAUUAAGAAUUGUAUAUGAUUCCACUUUCUUUCUUAUUAGCAUAUCCAUUUUACUUCUUUUUUGUUUAAACAUUUUAGAGAGAGAAAGAGCAUGUGUGCAUGUGUGAGGGAGGGGCAGAGGAGAGAGAAAGACAGGGAAUCCCAAGCAGGUUCUGUGCCCUCAGCACCGAGCCCAAUGUGGGGCUUGAACUAAUGAACUAUGAGGUCAUGACCUGAGCCAAAAUCAAGAGUCAGAUGCCUAACCGACUGAGACAUCCAGGCCCCCCAUGAAUUCUUUUUUUUUUUUUUUACUUUUUUUUUUUUUACUAGAAUUUCCAAUAUAUAUUUAUAACUAAUCCGAGUCCACUAUCACAGAACACUGUAAUGUUUCAAAGGUAGUGUAAAUAACUUAUGAUAACAAAAUAAUCCUAAUAAUCCUAAUUCCUUUCAUUCCUUGUAUUAGUAUUGUCAUUCAUUUGACUUAUGUGUAAGCAUAUUUAUAUAAUACACAUAAGCAUACAUAAACAUUGUUGAUAUUACUAUUUUUAAAAAACGUUUGUUAGAGUAAGAAAAAUAUUUAUUUUACCUUCACUUAUUUUUUCUUGCAGUGCUCUUCCUUUCUUUAAAUAAACCUGAAUUUCUGACCAAUAUUAUUUUCCUUCUGUUAACAUUUCUUGUACAGCAGAUCUACAGGCAACAAAUACAUUCAAUUUCUGUUUACCUGAGAAAGUCUUUAUUUCUCCUUCACAUUUGAAGGGUAAUUUCACAGGUUACAGAAUUCUAAGUUGGUGAAUUAUUCCUCUCAAUACUUUCCAUGUCUCCACUCUUCUCUUACUUGCAUGGUUUCUGAGAAGUUGGAGGUCAUUCUUAUCUCUGCAGGUUAGGUGUUUUUUCCUUCCUCUUUCAGGAUUUUCUCCUUAUCUUUGAUCUUCUAUAGUUUGAAAGUAAUGUGCUUAUAUGUACUUUUCUGGCUUUUAUCCUGAUUGGUAUUCUCUGGACUUCUUAGAUCUGUGGUUUGGCAUCUGAUACUAAUUUGGGGAAAUCCUCACUCAUUAAUGUUUCAAAUAUUCCUUUUUUUUCUUUCUCCCUUUCUUCUCCUGGUGUGCAAUUUUGUAGCUGUCCCACAGUUUUGGAUAUUCUGUUCUGGGUUGGUUUUUUGUUUUUUUUUGUUUGCUUGUUUUCCAGUGUUUUCUGUUUACUUUUCAUUUCUGCAAGUUUCUUUUUUUUUUGUAAUUUUUAUUUUAAGUAGGCUCCACGCCCAAGGUGGGGCUUGAAUUCAUGACCCUGAGAUGAAGAGUCACAUGCUCUACCAACUGAGCCAGCCAGAUUCUAUUGAGAUGUCCUCAAGUUCAGAGAUUCUUUCCUCAUCCAUGUCCAAUCUGUUAAUAAGCCUAUCAAAGGCACUCUUCCUUUCUGUACAUUGUAUUCUAUCUCUAACAUUCCUUUUUGGUUCUUUUGUGGGAUUUUCACCUCUCUGCUUACAUUGCCCAUCUGUUCUUGCAUGCUGUCUACUCUGUCCAUUAGAGGCCUUAGCAUAUUCGUCAUGGUUGUUUCAAAUUCCCUGUCUGAUUCUUCCAGUAUCCCCGCCAUGUCUGGUGUUCUGCUGCUUGUUCUGUUUCUGCAAAUUCUAAUUUUUGCUGUUUGGUAUGCCUUGCAACUUUUUCUUGAUAGCCAGAUAUUAGGUACUGGGUGAAAGGAACUAUUGUAAAUAGGAGUUUAAGUUAGUAGUGUUAGUAGUCAUAGUUAGUGUUAGUAAGUUGUGCAGGAGUGGGAAAAAUAUUCUCUAAUCCUAUGAUUAGGUCUUGGUGUUUUGUGAGCCUGUGCCUCUGGACUGUGAAUUUAAAAAUCAUGCCUCAGUUUUUCUCUCCCCCUGAGGUGGGACAGGAUGGUGAGAAUGGGCCGGAAUCAGAGAAUUCCCUUCUCCAGGUUAGGCUCUGGUUAACUUGUUUCCCCUGAGCACAGUCCUUCUUAAGACAAACAAAGUACUCUGGUUUAUUUCAGAAUGGAUCCUUUUCCUUUCCCUCUGCCAAGGAGAUUUUUCUCUGGUAUUUACUGUGAGAACCUGGUUGAGCUCCUGGAGGCAAAACUUACAAAAGUUGGGCGGGGGGCGGGGGGGGGGGGGUGUUCUACAACUGGGUCCCCCUACAGUUUUGAACUCAGACUUGUCCACGCUGAGCCUCCAGCAAGUCAUUAAUUACAGUUCUGGUCUUCCUGCCCCAGCACUGAUUCCCAUGGAGAUUUUAGCUCAAGAGUUCCUAACCUGGUCACUUGUGACUCUCUGUAUUUGCCUAUCAAUCUCUCCAAUUUGGGGCGGGGGGGGGGGGGGGGGCAGUGGUGUGCCCUGUGACCUCACUUCUUUUAUGGAUUUAAGAAGAUUUGUUCAUUUUCCAGUUUAUUCAGCUUUUCACUUGUUGUUAGGACUCGGUGGUAACUUCCAAACUCCCUUCGUGCAGAACCGGAAACAGGAAGCAGCACAAAUUUGUUUAAAUGCAAAACACAGAAAAGAGGGUAAAAGUCAUAAGAUGUUGAAGGAGAAAAGAGAGAAUGGGUAGAAAUAUUAUUUGACAAGCAAAUGGCCAAGAAUUCUCUCAAACUGACAAAAACCAUCAAGGUCAAUGAGAACCACAAACCAGGAUAGAUUCUAAGAUAUGUAGAAAACUAAGCCUACAUAUGUUAUAAUAAACCCGCUGGAAAACAAAUACAAAGAGAAAAUCUGAAAAGCAGCAACUAUAAGACUGAUAGUUUACUCACCAACAGAAAACAAAGGAAUAAUGUCUUUAAAAUGCCAAAAGAAAAAUUGCUGCUGCCCUAGAAUUCUACAGUCGGCAAGAAUAUCUUUUAAAAUGAAAUUGCUGGGGUGCCUGGGUGGCCCAGUUGGUUAAGCGUCCAACUCUUGAUUUCGGCUCAGGUCAUGAUCUCACGGGUUCAUGAGAUUGAGCCCCAUGUCAGGCUCUGUGCUAACAGUGCAGAGCCUGCUUGGGAUUUUCUCUCUCUCUCUCUCUCUCUCUCUGUGCCCCUUCCCCCUCAAAAUAAAUAAAUAAACAUUUAAAAUGAAGAUGAUUUAAGAUAUUUGUAGACAACCCUCACCCACCCCACCAAAAAACAGAAAUUGUUACCAGCAGAUCCACGCCAAAUGAAAUUAUUCACGCCAUAAGAAAUUAUUCAAGCCAAAGGGAAAUAAUCCUACGUAGUACCAAUAAAGUUAAAAAAGUUAAGAUGGAAGGACAUAUUCCUAUUUAAACAAAAGAAACUUCUUACCAAAAUCAACACAGCAGAGCACCUGGCUGGCUCAGUCAGUAGAGCGUGCAACUCUUGAUCUUGGAGUUGUGAGUUCGAGCCCCAUGUUGGACAUAGAACCUACUUUAAAAAAACAAACAAAAAAAAAAACCUUUAAAAAACCAACACCAGAAGAAACAAAAUCUCGGUAGUUCUAAACCUGUUAAAGAAGUUGAACUUGUAAUUUCAAACUAUGCCACGAAGAAACCUCAGUGGCCAUAUGGCUUCAUCAGUGAAUUCUACCAAAUACUUAAGACAAAAAUAAUGGCAUUCUUACACACCCUUUCCAAGUUCUUCCAUAUAUUUCAGUCUCGCCCAACAACAUCCCGACACCAAAACUUGACCCAAUUCGGGAAGAAUAAGGCCCAUCUCUUAGAUGUGUAAACUCUCAGACUAAAUAUUAGCACUCUGAAUCCGCCAUGUGACAUAAAGCACCUAUCCUUCAUCGUUGAAACGAUGAACAAAGGGUAAUCUAUUCAUACAACAGAGGACUGGACAGUAAUGACCUGGCUGACUCUCACAAUGGUGAACAAAAGCCAUACACAAGGUAAUACUACAGUGCAGGGUCCAUUUAUAUAAAGUGCAGAAGCAGACAAAGUGGAUCACUGGUAUUCUCAUGAAAUCUAUCAAGAAGGAUGAGGGGUAAUGAUUAAAGGGACUUGGGGGUUUCUGGUAAUGUUCUACUUCAUGGUUUGGGUGCAGGCUCUAUAUAUGUCUUCAUUUUUUGACAAUUAGCCCAACUGUAUUCUUUAUGUAUGUUCUACUUCAAUAAAAGUACUCUUAAAAAGAAACCGUUCUGUGUCAAUCUAGGUGGCAGCAUCAGUUGUCUUUUAUGGCCAGUCUGAACCUGACCGAUUCGAAAGUAGAACUUUGCCAUCAGCAAGUAGGAUGAUACCUGUCCUUGUGUUCAUAUGUAAGUGACACAGAGCUACUUUCUCCAUCUCAUUAGGGCUGAGAAGAAGGGAAGUAGGGGACACAUAAAUUAUCUCUGUUUCCACUUGAAACCGUUUUAUCUGUAACAAAAUAUCCAAAAAGUAGCGAUAACUACUAGUUUAAUGGUUCAGAAAUUCAUUUAUUUUGAAUACCAAAUCGGUAGCACUGAAAAAAUUCUUGUCCCCCAAAGCAAGCAAGAUAGGUUUCCAUGGACACAGUUCAAAAUUUGUCACAAAUUUUCAUAUUAUGUUUGGGUAUCAUUACCGGAUAGUAUUGCACCCUAAUUUAUCUCUGAACGGCCACUGAUCUAUCAAUGCCUUACUUCUGUUUAAAAAGUGUUGUAUAGGCAAGAUAAGAAGAAGAACAGAACAGAACAGCGUAGGUAAUAAAAACAUUUGUAUCUAUUAGUUGGUUUUCACUGAAAGAAAGAUUUGUGAAGUCCUAUGUUUACUUCAUAGCUUUGCUUUUUUUUAAUGUAUUCUCUUUACGUGACCACAGUCACAGUAACUAUUUUUACAUCACCAUGUCAAAAAAUAAACAUUUCAUUAACAAGA